ACUUCGACCAUGUCCUUGUCUUUUUGUGGCAACGACAACGACACGGCUGCCUACAAUGUGGACAGGGGAGUGCUCAACAACGGCUGUUUCGUGGACGCUCUGAACGUUGUCCCACAUGUGUUACUGCUCUUCAUCACCUUCCCGAUAUUAUUCAUCGGCUGGGGAAGUCAGAGCUCCAAGGUCCACAUUCAUCACAGCACGUGGCUACAUUUUCCUGGACAUAAUUUGCGAUGGAUCCUUACUUUUAUACUCUUGUUUGUACUGGUGUGUGAAAUUGCGGAGGGGAUCGUUUCGGAUGGGUUUACAGAGACACGCCAUUUGCAUCUGUAUAUGCCAGCUGGAAUGGGUUUCUUGGCUGCGAUUACAUCAAUCAUUUAUUAUCAUAACAUUGAAACAUCAAACUUUCCCAAACUAUUGCUAGCUUUACUGGUCUACUGGACACUAGCUUUCAUUACAAAAACUGUAAAAUUUGCCAAGUUUUGUGAGCAUGGGAUUGGGCUGAGCCAACUCCGAUUCUGUAUUGCAGCACUGUUGGCCGUGUUAUAUGGCAUGUUGUUGGCUGUGGAAAUCAAUGUCAUCAGAGUACGGCGAUACAUUUUCUACAAACACUCAAGAGAAGUGAAACCUCCAGAAGACCUGCAGGAUUUAGGUGUCCGAUUCUUGCAACCAUUUGUGAACCUACUCUCCAAAGGCACCUACUGGUGGAUGAACACCUUCAUAACAACGGCACAUAAAAAACCCAUUGACCUUAAAGCCAUUGGCAAGUUGCCUUUUGCCAUGAGGGCAAUAACCAAUUAUACACAUCUGAAGGAAGCAUUUGAACUACAAAAGAAGAAGGGUUCUGUUGGGCCUCAGGACUCAAAGCUUUUUUGGCGUGUGCUGCGGCAGGCUUUUGGUCGCCCAAUCAUUCUCAGCAGCACGUUCCGUAUUAUGGCUGACUUGCUGGGGUUUGCAGGCCCACUCUGUAUCUCUGGGAUUGUACAUCACCUGAGCAAUGAAAACAAAACAUUUCGUCCACAGGUCAAAAUACUGGGCGUUUACUUCAUUUCCUCACAGGAGUUCUUGGCCAAUGCUUAUGUUAUUGCAGUUCUCUUGUUUCUUGCUCUGCUUUUGCAAAGGACAUUUCUUCAAGCAUCUUACUAUGUUGCCAUAGAAACAGGAAUCAACCUACGAGGAGCAAUUCAGGCGAAGAUCUACAAUAAGAUUCUUCGUUUGUCAACUUCAAAUAUGUCCAUGGGAGAGAUGACGGUAGGACAGAUUUGCAAUCUGGUCGCCAUUGACACAAACCAGCUGAUGUGGUUUUUCUUUCUCUCUCCCAAUCUAUGGGCUAUGCCUGUGCAGAUCAUUGUAGGUGUGCUUCUUCUCUAUUACCUCCUUGGAAUUAGUGCCUUAAUUGGAGCAACAGUAAUUGCAUUGUUGGCCCCAGUCCAGUAUUUUGUAGCAACCAAAUUCUCUCAGGCCCAGAGAAGCACAUUGGAUUACUCAAGUGAGCGCUUGAGGAAAACUAAUGAAAUGCUACGAGGAAUCAAACUACUUAAACUCUAUGCUUGGGAGCAAAUCUUCCAUAAAAGUGUAGAAGAGACUCGACACAAGGAGCUCACAAGUCUCAAAUCUUUUGCUCUCUACACCUCCAUAUCUAUUUUCAUGAAUGCAGCAAUACCCAUUGCCGCAGUCCUCACAACUUUUGUAGUUCACACUCACCUCUACGAGGAUGCAGACCUCUCGCCAGCAGUGGCCUUUGCUUCACUCUCUCUUUUCCACAUUCUGGUCACACCCCUCUUCUUGCUGUCAAGUGUGGUUCGCUCUACUGUCAAAGCUUUAGUGAGUGUGCAGAAACUCAGCGAAUUCUUCUCCAGUGAAGAAAUUGGGGAGGAGCAGAACAGAGUUGUGGUGCAUUUGAACACGGAAAAUAAUAGCAAGUACCAGACCGUACCCCUUAAAGUUAUUAACCGCAAACGGCCCACCAAGGAGGGAUGGCAAAAAUACGAACCUCAGUCCAGACAGCAAAUAAGCAGCACAGAAGGAGAUGAUGUAUUUAUAAAGGUGACAAAUGGUUUCUUUACCUGGACAUCUGAUGGAGCUCCAACGCUGUCUAACAUUGAUAUCAAGAUUCCUUAUGGGCAGCUAACCAUGAUAGUUGGUCAGGUUGGAUGUGGCAAAUCUUCCCUGCUCUUGGCAAUUCUCGGAGAAAUGCAGAAAAAUUCUGGAAAUGUGUACUGGAACAGAAGUUCUGAUGCUGAAUCGACAGAAGAAGGCAGCAGUACCGAGGAGGACACAGCUGUUGAUGUUGAAGUGAGGAGAAGAGGAUCUGUGGCCUAUGCUGCACAGAAGCCAUGGUUGUUAAACACAACAGUGGAGGAGAACAUCACAUUUGGAAGUCCUUUCAACAAAAAAAGAUAUAGAGCAGUAAUUGAUGCAUGUUCACUUCAGCCAGAUAUUGACAUCCUUCCUCAGGGAGAUCAGACACAAAUUGGUGAAAGGGGAAUUAACCUAAGUGGUGGACAGCGUCAACGUAUCAGUGUAGCAAGAUCUCUGUACCAGCAGACUAAUGUGGUUUUUCUGGAUGAUCCAUUCUCAGCACUGGACGUCCAUCUAAGUGAUCACCUUAUGCAAGAUGGAAUCCUGAAGCUGCUGCAAGAAGAGAAGCGGACUGUGGUUCUGGUCACUCAUAAACUUCAGUACCUGCCCCACGCAGACUGGAUCAUAGCCAUGAAGGACGGAACUAUUCAGAGAGAGGGCACACUCAAGGAUAUUCAGAAUUCUGAUCCUGAACUCUUUGAACUUUGGAAAACACUAAUGAACAGGCAGGAUCAAGGAUUAGAAAAGGAAACUGUAGCUGAAAAUAAAACUGCACUGGAGCGGAAGAACUUGCGCAGAGCAAUGUACUCUCGGGAGGCCCUCCUCAAAACACUGCAAGAAGCUGAAGAUGAAGAGGAUAUGGCAGAAGGUGAUGAUGAGGAUAACCUUUCCUCUGUCCUGCUCCAAAGAGCAAAGAUGCCAUGGCGUGCCUGUGGCAAAUAUUUAAGCUUGGCAGGUUGCCUUUUGCUGCCCCUGCUCAUCUUCUCGCAGCUCUUCAAACACACAGUAAUGGUGGCAAUUGACUACUGGCUAGCGAAGUGGACCUCGGACGCUAUCUACGUCAAGAUUGAAGCAGAAAAAAGAAAUUGUUCUUUGGUCCAGGAUUGCCACUUCAGUCAUUCUUCCUACAUAACAGUGUUCAGCAUUCUGUGCUGCCUGGGAAUUGUCCUCUGUUUGGUUACCUCCAUCGCUGUGGAAUGGACAGGCCUCAAAGUGACCAAGGAACUGCAUAAGAGUUUACUCAACCAAGUCAUCCUCGCACCAAUGCGAUUCUUUGAGACCACUCCUCUUGGGAACAUCCUGAACCGAUUUUCUGCAGAUACCAAUAUCAUUGAUCAGCACAUUCCUGCCACCUUGGAGUGUCUCAGUCGAUCAACUCUUUUGUGUCUCUCUGCCUUGGCAGUGAUUUCGUAUGUGACUCCAAUAUUCAUCAUUGCACUUGUUCCACUUGCAGUGGCUUAUUACUUUAUCCAGAAGUACUUCAGAGUGGCAUCCAGAGACCUCCAGCAAUUGGAUGACAGCACACAAUUGCCAGUACUUUCACAUUUUUCUGAGACUGUGGAGGGUCUAAUCACAAUACGGGCCUUGAGGGAAGAAAAUCGCUUUAGGCACAAGCUGCUGGAGCUGACGGACACUAACAACAUUGCCUCCUUGUUCCUCACAGCUGCCAAUCGUUGGCUCGAAGUUCGUAUGGAAUAUAUAGGAGCAUGUGUAGUUCUCAUUGCAGCAGUUGCGUCUAUCACCAACUCACUGUACUACGGACUUGCAUCAGGACUUGUUGGUCUGGGACUGACCUAUGCCCUAAUGAUUUCAAACUACUUGAACUGGAUGGUACGCAAUCUAGCAGACAUGGAAGUACAGUUAGGUGCUGUGCAGAGAAUAAACAGCCUCCUUAAAAUUGAAACAGAAAAUUAUGAUGGACUUAUAUCACCUUCACAGAUUCCUCCCAACUGGCCAGAUGAAGGCGAGAUCAAAAUCCAGAAUCUCAGUGUUCGCUAUGACAGCACCCUAAAACCAGUGUUAAAGAAUGUGAAUGCCCACAUCAGUCCAGGACAAAAGGUUGGAAUCUGUGGACGAACAGGCAGUGGGAAAUCUUCCUUUUCUUUAGCCUUUUUCAGAAUGGUAGAUAUGUUUGAAGGGAGGAUAAUUAUUGAUGGAAUUGAUAUUUCCAAACUACCACUAAGCAUGUUACGGUCCCGACUUUCUAUCAUCCUUCAAGAUCCUGUGUUAUUCAGUGGGUCAAUACGAUUCAAUUUGGAUCCAGAGAGAAAAUGCACAGAUAGCAUUCUGUGGGAGUCCUUAGAGAUCGCACAACUCAAACAUGUGGUGAAAGCUCUACCAGGAGGUUUAGAUGCUAUAGUUACUGAAGGAGGAGAAAAUUUUAGCUUGGGCCAACGUCAGCUGUUUUGCUUAGCAAGAGCAUUUGUACGGAAAAGUAGUGUGUUGAUCAUGGAUGAAGCCACAGCCUCAAUAGACAUGGAAACAGAAAACAUUUUACAAAAAGUUGUGAUGACAGCCUUUGCAGAUCGAACAGUGGUAACCAUUGCUCAUCGUGUGCAUACCAUUUUGAAUGCAGACCUGGUGAUUGUGAUGAAGAGAGGAAUUAUCUUGGAAUAUGAUGCUCCUAGCAGACUCUUGGAACAAAGGGAUGGAACCUUUGCCUCUUUUGUACAGGCAGAUAAAUAAUACACAGCAAUAACUGCAUUUGUAAUUUCAUUUGUUCUGUAAAUAAAAUUGGCAUAUUUCUUA